AUGGCGGUGAGUUUGAGAAACGAUAGGGAACUUGAUCUAGAGCAAGAAAUUGCUCGUGAAAGCCAACCAACUGAGAUACUCGUACCAAUACCGAUUGAGGUUGAUGGGUCAACUGAGCUAACAGAAGUAACAGUGCAGCUAGCUCAGGAGGAACUAAGAAAAGAGAAAGAGGUUGCAAAGGAGACUGAGAAAGUGCAAGAGAAGGCAUUAGAAAAAAUGCUUGAGCGGGAUCUAACUCAAGUCACAAGAAGGAAGCGACCUCCAGCACCCUUCUCCCAGAGGUUGACCAAAUAUCAGAAGGAUGAGAAGUAUAAGAAAUUCAUGGAGAUGUUGAAGCAGAUUCAGGUGAACAUUCCACUGAUUGAUGCCUUGAGGGAGAUGUCCGGUUAUGCAAAAAUGAUGAAGGAAUUGAUGUCUCACAAGUUUGACUUUCAAGACUUGGCAACUGUGGCACUGACUCAGACAUGUAGUGCUGUCAUGACAAGACCUAUAGCUGAGAAGCUAUCUGACCCAGGGAGUUUCACAAUUCUAUGCACCAUAGGCAGCUAUGCUUUUGCCAAAGCAUUGUGUGAUUUGGGGGUUGGAAAGUUUGUGUUUCCGACAGAUUUUGUUAUUCUAGACUGCCAGGUUGAUGAAGAGAUUCUCAUAAUUUUGGGAAGGCCAUUCUUGGCCACAGGGAGAGCUUAG